AUGCGCAGAAUGAGAUCCUACUUUUGUAAACAACAUGGCGUUCCACGGACACUUCUCUUGAGGGAAAAAAGAACGCUCAAUCUGCGACAACAACCGCAUCCCCUGCAACUUCCCAUCGUAUUUACAUGUUGGGUCAAAGCGAUCGUUCACAUCCGCUUCACAAGAAGAACGAAGGGCUGGACAGACAAGCUGUCUGCACAACCGUUCCACAGCCAAACGUCUAUGGGCUCUCAGUCCAGUUCUGGGAUGUCUGGUGGAAGGGGCACUUCCAGUGGCAACCCAGCUGAACAACCUGAAGCACCAGAGCAGAACCAUAGUGAAAGCAGUGGCAACAGCAGGCGAGGACAAAGAACCUCUGACAGACAGCAGGGUGAGAGACAGUCUACAUCAGAAGAGGACGUUGACUUAGCCGAAGUGCUGGCUUACCUACUGAGAAGGGGCCAGGUCCGACUGGUCCAUGGAAGUGGAGCCACUGGGCUACAACUGGUCCAGUCAUACUCCGACUCUGAUGAGGACAGUGAUGGCGCUUGGGACGGUCGACUGGGAGACCGCUACAAUCCACCAGUGGACGUCAAGCCUGACACAAAUGAAGUGGACCGCAGUGAAAUUCGCACUCAGAUCCUGCUGGCCACUGCUUCCUCUGUGCUGAGAGGGAGACACAGUUUCACCCAAAUGCUGUCAGAGAGGGAGCAAGGAAGGUGCAGAGGAUCGAGUUUCUCUCAUGGAGAAUGCAGCCGCAUCCGUACACAUUUCCUGCCCAACUAUGUGUCGCACAAAGACACAUAUCAGCAGAAGGCCUUCUGUGGUGUCUACAGCGAUGACGGCAAGAUGUUUCUCUCUGCCUGCCAAGAUCAGAACAUCCGUUUAUACAACACCACCAGGGGGCGCUUUGCUCUACGACAAGCUGUGAAAGCCCGCGAUGUUGGCUGGAGUGUGCUGGACGUGUGCUUCACUCCAGACGCCCAACAUGUCCUGUACUCCAGCUGGUCCGACUACAUUCACUUGUGCAGUAUAGAUGGCGACAGCGAGAACCACACUGCCCUGGACCUCAAUCCAGAGGAGAGGAGGUUCUGCGUGUUCUCACUGGCAGCAUCCACAGAUGGAAAGGAGAUCCUGGGCGGAGCCAACGAUGGCUGCCUGUAUGUCUUUGAUCUGGAGCAGAACAAGAGAACGCUGAAGAUCGAUGCUCAUGAGGAUGACGUGAACGCUGUGGCGUUCGCUGAUGGCUCGUCUCAGCUGCUCUUCUCUGGUAGCGAUGAUGCACUCUGCAAAGUUUGGGACCGACGGACGCUGCGGGAGGACAGACCACAGCCUGUCGGACAUCUAGCUGGCCACCGAGACGGCAUCACCUUCAUCCACAGCAAGGGAGACGCUCGGUAUUUAAUCAGCAACUCGAAGGACCAGUCCAUCAAGCUGUGGGAUGUAAGAAAGUUCUCCCCUAAAGAAGGUUUGGCAGCGUCCCGCGUGGCCGUCACCCAGCAGGACUGGGACUACCGCUGGCAGCAAGUUCCACAGCGAGCCCUGAAAAGACACAAGCUGGCAGGAGACACCUCAGUGAUGACCUACCGUGGGCACGGCGUUCUGCACACGCUCAUCCGCUGCAGGUUCUCACCAGAGUUCAGCACCGGGCAGAGGUUCAUCUACUCUGGCUGCUCCACCGGAAAAAUUAUCAUUUAUGAUGUUCUGACGGGGGCAGUGGUCGCCAGACUGUCAGGGCAUGAUGCGUGUGUGAGGGAUGUCAGCUGGCAUCCGUACGAGGACAACAUCAUCAGCAGCUCUUGGGAUGGCGCUGUGCGGAUGUGGGAGCACAGACAAACUCACCCCCUGGAGGAGGAGCGCGAGAGAGACUGACAUCAGGACAAGUACCACUGCAGUGAAGCAAACGUGUCAGGAGCCCGGCAGACUUGACGCACACUUGCAAUAAGCUCACGAGAACUGCAAUAGACUGUUGGAUUCAAAGAAACUAUCACAGCCUUAAAGUAGGACAGCCUACUUGCUUUUUGUUUAUUUUUCACUGCCUAUUGCAAAAAAAAAAAAAAAAAGGAGAAACAAGCCAAAGAUGCUUCAGUUGGCUUCAAUGUGCUUAAAAUAUUGCACUCAGUUUUGGGCACCCUCGUGGUGAUUCCUCUAAUUCAUGUUGGAGAGUAAUUGUUCACGAAUUUAUAGUAUUUUAAUGCUAUUUGUGUUAUCAGGGAUUUUUUUUUUUAGCUGACAUUUUGAUUGCUGUCCCACGUAGGGCUGGAUCACAUUUCCACUAGUCUGUUUAUGAAAUAUAACACGCUUUCAUUUAGCUCCAGUGCAACUUCCAUCUGACACCACAAUCGAGAGGAACACUUGUAAACAGAGUCGUCGAAGGACCGAUGCGUGAGCUGUGGCUUCACUUCACGGGUGCUUGCUGUAUGCGAAUCAGUUCUGUGGGAGGAUUUUGUGAUGAUGUCACCACAUGAUUCAGACUCAACUGUCUACCAUGAAAAAUGAGUAGUUUUAAAUCAUUGUACAAAGAUAUAUAUAAAAACAUGUGAUUUGUUGAA